AUGCGUUGGGGCGUUCAGGUGGUUGGGCAACACUUGAGUGCCUCCUGCAGCCUCGAAGGCAGAUUAAAAGCCAUCAUGUCUACGGCUUUGCUAGAAGACCGUACGGAAUUUGUGCAAUUCUUGAUCGACCUAGAAUUGGUUAAAAUGCAAACCUAUCUGGACAUGCACACCCUUAACUGGCUGUACAACAACGUGGAGGAUGCGUCCAUUUUGAAGACGACUCUAAACUACUACGGAGUCAUCAUGAAGAAGGGGUCGCCGAGUCUUAUCGGGACUGCACUCGUGGCCACCACGGCCAAUGUCCUGUCCAUGGACACGGAGACGGCUGGCGAGGCUAACAGAGUGCUCGAAAUGCUUUUCCAACGAGGUCCUGAACGAGAUAAAGGAGAUUGGACGAAUUUGCCGACGAUCAGCGAACUCUUGUUGAAGAUGCUUGGGUCAUUUAGUAGCCCCUACUACGAAGACAUCAUGGAGUUGUUUAUCUGGGCGGUCCUCAACAACCGGAACGCACUGGCUAUGCUAUUUUGGCGGUACGCUGAUGAUGCGGUGCCGCUCGGCCUGAUUGGCUGCAAUCUUUACCAUAGGAUGGCGCGAGCUUUGCCGUCCUAUGACACAGAGGGACGGGUUAUGCUGGCCAAUCAGAAAAGUUACCUUGAACAGACAUCCAAGGAAAUGAUCGAACUGUGCUACUCAAAGUCAAAU